UUUCUGAUCAUUAGUGUGUUAGUUCAGGCCUGCUCAUAAACAAAGAUUAUGGUGAUAAAGAACUAGAAAUCACCAAGGCACGCUAUUUUCUUUUCUUUUCUUUUCUUUUUUUUUGAGAAAGGCAUGCUAUUUGUUUAGUCUGCCUCGUGAGCAGGCCAUGACUCCAUGCUCUCCACUAGCUUGCAAUACUACUAUUUAUCACUCAUUCCGCUAUUUCACUGGGUCUAUAAGUGCUGACUAGAGUGUGGUUGAUCGUUACAUUCUUGAGAUCAUGAAAUCAGAAGCUUCAACAGUCGAGGAAAUGGCCAUCUUGUUGCUUCUUCUAUGUUGUUUUCUAGCGGUUAAAUCUUCUCCAAUGCCUCAUCCUGACAUGAUUACUCAGCUACCUGGACAACCACAAGUGGGAUUCCAACAGUUCUCUGGUUAUGUUACUGUUGAUGACAAGAAAGGAAAAGCUCUCUUUUACUACUUUGUCGAGGCGGAAAUAGAUUGUGCUUCAAAACCUCUGGUCCUGUGGUUGAAUGGAGGACCUGGUUGCUCUUCUCUUGGCGUCGGUGCAUUUUCUGAAAAUGGACCUUUUAGACCCAAUGGACAGGGUCUGGUAAGGAAUGAGCAUAGCUGGAAUAGAGAGGCAAAUGUGCUAUAUUUGGAGACACCAGUUGGGGUGGGGUUCUCUUUUGCGGAUGAUUCCUCCUCUUACGAUGCUGUGAGUGAUGCUAUAACAGCUAGGGACAAUCUUGUGUUCUUGCAGCGUUGGUUCCUCCAAUUCCCACAGUAUAGGGACAGAAAUUUGUUUAUAACUGGAGAAAGUCAUGCAGGUCACUAUGUACCUCAACUUGCGGAGCUCAUGAUUCAAUUCAACAAAAAGGAAAAGCUGUUCAACUUGAAAGGAAUUGCUCUAGGUAAUCCAGUUCUUGAAUAUGCCACAGACUUGAACUCAAGAGCUGAGUACUUCUGGUCACAUGGACUGAUAUCAGAUUCAACUUACAAAUUAUUCACUUCCUUCUGUAACUAUUCUCGAUAUGUGAGUGAAUACUACAGAGAUGCUGUUUCUCCUAUUUGCUCGAAGGUCAUGAGCCAAGUUAGUAGAGAAACCAGUAGGUUUGUGGACAAAUAUGAUGUUACACUUGAUGUCUGUAUUUCUUCAGUGCUCUCCCAGUCCAGGAUCAUUAGUCCACAACAAAACGCAGAGAGGAUAGAUGUUUGUAUAGAAGAUGAAACUGUCAAUUACUUGAACCGCCAAGAUGUGCAGAAGGCGCUUCAUGCCAGGCUUGUAGGAGUGCGGAGAUGGCUUGUUUGCAGCGACAUUCUGGAUUAUCAGCUGCUUGACAUAGAGAUACCUACAAUCUCAAUUGUAGGAUCACUUAUCAAGGAAGGAAUUACAGUACUGGUGUACAGUGGCGAUCAGGAUUCUGUAAUCCCACUAACUGGAAGCCGCAGCCUAGUCCAUGGAUUGGCAAAACAGUUAAGACUGAAUGCAACCACACCUUAUCGAGUUUGGUUUGCAGGGCAGCAGGUUGGUGGAUGGACUCAAGUUUAUGGAAAUUUGCUCUCAUUUGCAACAAUUAGAGGUGCUUCUCAUGAAGCUCCAUUCUCACAGCCAGAGAGAUCGCUCGUGCUAUUCAAGUCAUUCCUGGAAGGCAGGCCUCUACCAGAAGUGUUCUAAAGAGCUGCUGCAUUUGUCACUAGUAAGUAAAUAGGGUGGAAAGGAUUGUAAUUAAUAAUGUUUUGUGUGCUUCAACAGUAAAAGGAAAAGGAAAAGGAAAUUUUGUUUGUGGGUUUGAAACCAGAGAAAGGUGAAAUAUAGCAGUUGGUUGCGGUGGAAGGAAUUUCGGGCUUACAACUCCCUCCUUCCAAAGGCGGAAUUAUUUACUUCAUCACCGUUUUGGUUGUGGUUCUUCUGCAGGCAAUUCUGCCUCUCCACUGCCUGUCUCUCCAUAUGCAAAAUUUGGAAAGGAAAUGGAUUUGGUGUA